GGUGAGCUCAUGCUUGACCUCAAUCACCCCAUUACUCGGAUUGAGUUGAGUGCUGGAUGGGUUCUCGACGGAUUGAAAAUACACUAUAAACUCAAACAUCCUAACCUCAGGAAUAUCACAGUGACGCAUGGCGAAUUUGCUGAAUCCGCGGACAACCGCGCAACCAUAAACUUGCAAGACUCGGAAAUCAUCCUAGCUAUCUAUGGCCGUGCUGGUUACCAAAAUUUCUACAAGCAGAAGCUCAUCAACAGCAUCAACUUUAUCAUAUUUGACCAGCAGACCUCAAGCUUCCGUGUUUCAGAUACUUUUGGCAACAAGCCCGGAUGUCUCAACGAGAACAAUGGGUCAACUUUCCAUGUAUCCAAUGUUAUGGCCUUUGCAGGUCACGACAACGGCGGUAAAGGCGAACAUCAUCAUGGGAUCGUCGGGCUAUCAUUUUACACGAACGCUAACAGCGAAUUGCACUGCCGCUAGGCCGCAUUGCCUUCCCUGUAUGAUUCUGUCUAAGUCAAAAGAAUGCGAAUGUCCAUGACGUGAGAGGCAUUGAGUGUUUUCGAAGAGCUGUGAUGAUCUUUCCCGUUCAGUCGCGAAGGUCCC